ACCACUGGUUUCGUCCGUCUGGCCCUGCUGUUGUUGUCGCCUGCGGCAUAAGUUGAGCUGGCUCUCGUCGAAAUUUUGUCCCUCCGCCCGACGACCCAUCGCUUCGAGUUACUUGUUAUCGCUCCCCGUCCCGACACGUCACUUUGAGCCCAUCAGUUUCAGCCAUCGUCUGUCGAGACCGACGCAAGGGAGGUGCUAGGAAGUCCACAAAAGUGAAAAGCUAUGAACAGACAUCAUCCCUACGGGGGCUACGACGGCGCCAGAAGAGGCGGGCCACCAGGUGGUUUUAGCCCUAACCGCCCCCACCGGUUUUCUGACAGGGGCGGACCCUCACGAGGGAGAGGGGGCUUCCGUGGUGGCCGCGGCGGAGGGGGAGGUUCAUACGGAGGCUAUGGAGGCGGAGUCGCUACCUACGAUCAAGGACCCCCCCAAGGCGACAUGGGAGGGUACACUAGCUACGAGUCAGGGCCCACGCAAGACCCCUACUAUCAGAAUGGCAUUUACAACAUGGGGAUACCUGAGCAGCAGCAGCAACAACAGCAGGGACCUCCAGAUACUUCGAACUAUUACAGUCAAGGAUUCGAGGGCUACGAAGGUGCGCUGAAAGUCAUGUCGAAGUUUAUAAGCCCAUUGCGCAGAGCCGUGCUUCCCGAGGCCCAACCCUAAGGGAUCUGUCCCUUCCGCUGUGAAUCAACUCAUGCACCUUAGAGAGUCUCUCGGUCUGAGUCGAACGGUGUGGGAUGUCUCAGGAUCAUGCAACCUCGGCCGUGAAUCCGACGGGCGUGCUCAGGACGUCCUCGUGGCGUAUGGAUGCGUCGUGGCAGGCUUUCUCGUUACGUGAUCCGUUAUUUUGGCCUUCUGGUUCCCGCUGAGUGUCGAAGAUCCUUUCUCACGUGUUGAUUCAUUCUAUCAGACGGUCCAGGAGCUUUCAGCCAUGAUCAUCAUGGUGGGCAUCAUGGCUUUGUACGAGGAGGCAAGCGAGGCGGUGGUUUUCGCCGUGCCGAAAGGGACGACAAAGUCCACGAUACCAUUAUUGAAGAGCGAAUUCAGCGGGAGCGUCCAUGUCGUACAUUAUUCAUUCGCAACAUCAAGUAUGAGACGAAUAGUGAAGAUGUACGUCACUUGUUCGAGGAACAUGGCGAGAUACGGACUUUCUUUGAUCUCAUUGCAAAUCGUGGGAUGGUGUUCGUGACUUACUAUGAUUUACGGGCUGCAGAAAGAGCCAGGGAACGACUUCAAGGCUCAGAAAUAAGCGGCAGACCGAUUGAUGUGCACUACUCAUUACCCCGAGAUGACCAUGGUUCACGAGGUGCUGAUAAGGAGAAGAACCAGCAACUUCAAGGUGCUCUGUUAGUGACCUUACGCAAUUCUGCGACUGGUCAACCAAUCGACGAUAGCGAGGUACGUCGCAAAUUUCAGCAGUUCGGCGACGUGAAAGAUGUAAGGCACGCGGGUGAGAGGGAAGAUCAACGUUACGUCGAGUUCUAUGAUACAAGAGCUUGCGAAGAAGCCCACGAUCGUCUACGGCACCAAGGACUGCAGGAUGGUGUCAUGGACAUCGUAUUUGCAUCAGACCUAGAUGACCGUAGUUGCUUGCAGCACUGAAACAGCCGGGAGGAGCGACCCUAGCAGCGCCUACUCAAAACUCUCCUCUGAACCAGCCACAGCCGCCAAUGCCGCCACCCUCAAGUCAGCCUCCAUACUACGGCGCACCACCACCUCCCAUGCAAGGAGGAUAUCCCGGCGCUGUUCCUCCACCUGGUACCAAUCCUUAUUCUCCGUCAAUGCCUCCGCCAGCCCCAACGCCAGCCCCAACGCCUGCUGCCUCAGCUCACACCGCCGGUGUGCCUAACCUGCCCCCAAACAUUAUGGCAAUGUUGCAGCAAGGACAAGUGCCGUCUCAGCAAGGCUCCCCUCCGCCGCCUGGCAUGCAACCGAGUACGUAUGGAAUGCCCCCGCAGCCAACGGCAAUUCCUCCGAUGCCCAGCAUGAACAAUAUGCCUCCACUUAGCGCACAGCAAGGGUAUCAACAGCUCAUGGCAUACCUGUCUCAAAAACGCCCGCAAUAAUAAUCAUUGUCGUCAUAUCGGGAACAUUUCGACUCGUAGUCUAUGAUCGUAUCGUUCUCGCUCUAUGCUUGCAGAGCGGACCCACAUAGUAUUUUUAUUCUUGUCCUCCGUAACUUAUUCGUAGUUUAGUAGUCACAGCUUCGUAGUCCGUUGCCGUCUGUCUUCGUAGCACCUGACUCCUAAAGCGCCGCAGUACCGGGCGCUUACGCACUGGCGACUCCGUCUGCGACCACGACUUGUGCGGGCAACUUGCCACUCAUGCUGAACCUCAGCAACCUUCGUACUUUACUCUCUCAGGUUACUACACCUGCUUCCUUGCAUACAGCAGUGCUCUUUACGCCAUCAGGCCAGCUGGUCUCUUUUGCAUCAAACCCGCCACGUUCAAAGGACGAGAUACGCGUUGUCGUGGGCCUAGGCGGAGAAAUCUGGCAGGAAACUAAAGAGAAUGGGAUCGGCAUGGUCGACAGCGAGAUCGGCCGGCUACUCGUCAUUCCUAUCGAGCAGGUAAAGCCCCAGUCGGAAAACCAAGAGGAGGAGACGGAGCCGUUGAUGAUCCUCGCCCUUAAUGCUAAUGACUCUGUGAGUUGGAAGGUUAUGGAGGCCAAGGCCAGACAGCUUACUCGACAUUUGGAGAAACCGGUCUCCGAGCUUCGCGCGAAACUAGCGGUCGCUCCAGCGUCUCCUAUUGGCAACCCUCAACGAACGACUCGGUAAAACCGUCCCUUAUCCCGAACUCCCUGAACGUUUUGACGCGUCAUGCUAUGCUUCGCUUUCGCGCUUUCCUCUGAGUAUGCUAGACACUUUCGAUAUCCAUGGGCUUCAAUCCACAUCUACCAGAGCUGUAUAUUGCAAUUCAUGUGAUCCCACUAUACCCUACCAUGUAGCACUAGCUCGCCCUGUCCAAUUGUGCUUGCUUGCUCUAUCUGUUAUAACUGCUCGUGCAAAUAUCAUAUACCUACCACCGCGGUUUGGAUGUAUGUGAGAAAUUCUGUCAUAAACUCCGCUCACCUCCGGUACCUGGGACGUGGAAGCGCUCACAACGUAAUUCCAACUUUGCCUCUCCCGAGUCUCCGGCCUAUUACUUAACGUCCUCGGCACUCCUCGAGGGCGACAUUGCAUACAGUGCUCUUGCUGGUCAUGCGACAAUGGUCGGUUGCAGCGGCACGCGUAUCUCGCCAAAAUUGUCUUCUUUGUGGAGGCUGCUGCUGCACAAGCGCGACCUUCCUCGACACGACGGUCAAAGGCGGACCAGAACGUCACAACUCCUCCACCGACACCGAGAAAUUCGCGUCCGGACCCACAUUCGUUGGUCGCCCCCCAGCUGAGCAAGCUCCGCGAAACGCUUCUGGACCUGCUGGGCUCUUCACACCCGUCCCUCACAGAGAUCGCCAAAUACUACUUCUUACACCCCUCAAAACAAUUGCGACCGCUCCUUGUUCUACUCUUCUCGCAGGCCACCAACGGCCUCGGUGGACGGUGGCAUGAGAAAAAGUGGGCUGCGGAUUGUGAAGGUGCGGGCGGGCGCACGGAGGAGCUCGACUGGCCGUUGACGCGUCCGGACGUUCUGAACGACUGGAAUCCGAAUAUGUCCGACCACACUGCGUCUUUCACGGUACCAUUCUCCUUGCGUCCUCCACGUCCCCCGAGACAGCACCCCAUACCACCUCCUCAGGCGGCUGCGGCUGCGAUCCCGACCCUCUCCACGAGCCCGACACUGCUUCCCACACAAAUCCGGCUCGCACAGAUUGUGGAGAUGAUCCACGUAGCCUCGCUUCUGCAUGACGACGUGAUUGAUAGGUCGCCGCUGCGUCGAGGCGCACCCUCAGCGCCCGCUGCGUUCGGGAACAAGCUGUCCGUGCUCGCAGGAGACUUCCUACUCGGCCGCACGAGUGCUGCUCUUUCGCGCCUGGGCGAGAACGAAGUCGUCGAGCUCAUCGCCAGUGUCAUUGCCAACCUGGUGGAGGGCGAGAUCUUGCAGCUGAAGGCGGUCCACGGUGAGGACCUCGGGAUAUCCGGAAGUGCUGUGCGAGGGGCGGUGGGGCAGAAUAACUGGAAUGUUUAUAUGCAGAAAUCGUACCUCAAGACAGCAACCCUUAUGGCGAAGGGUGCACGUGCCGCGGUCGUACUUGGAGGAUGCAGAGAGGGAGAAGUCUGGAAGGAGAUCGCUUAUGCAUACGGUCGCAACCUUGGGCUAGCAUUCCAGCUGAUGGAUGAUGUCCUCGACUAUGAAGCUGGGGAGGGAACGCUUGGCAAGCCGGGUGGUGCUGACCUGAAGCUUGGCCUCGCUACUGGCCCUGCUCUGUUUGCAUGGGAGGAGCACUCAGAGAUGGGUCCGCUUAUAGAGCGCAAAUUCUCUCAGGAAGGCGAUGUAGAGCUUGCGCGAGAUCUUGUCCGUCGUUCGUCGGGUGUCGAACGCACGCGCAGCCUCGCAUUAUCGUACGCCGACAAAGCUCGCGAGGUACUCUCGUUACUUCCGGAGAGCGAUGCCAAGUCCGCACUAGAGGUAUUAGCCGAACGUGUGGUUAAACGGACGUCAUGACUGUUUAGAUGAUACAUGGACGAUAAUCUAAUAUCCCCAUACACGACUUACAUUUCUGUUUCGGUGCAUGCAAAGUUCCUGGUGACCCACUCUU